GCCGCCGCUGUGCAGCCUCGCCUUCGCCUCCCGCGUUUCCUGCCUCCCGCCCUCCCGCGGCCGGGCUCCAGGGGCUGCCGCCUAGCCGCUCAAGGCGGGAGAGCGGCUCAGAGCGCGCACGGGGGCGGGCGGAGGCGGCCCGGUGCGGGGCGGCCGCGCUGGAGAGAGGCGCGCGCCGAGACGCCGGCCCCCUCUCGGCGUUUGCUUGCUCGAUCCCCGCCUCCCGCACUCCGCUCGCUCCCACCCCUUCUCGGCGUGAUUGAUCCGUCACGGGAGCCGCCGCCGCGGCCGUUCUGAGCGAACAGCAGUCGGAGCCCGAGCCGAAGCCGGGGCCCGAGCCGGCGCCAUUGCGCGGGCGCCGCGGGGAGAGCUUGGCGCCGGGCGGCGGGCCGGGCCAGGCCAUGCGGGCCGAGUGAGCCGGCGCCCGCAGCCCGCGGCGCGGCAUGGCUUCCCCGCGGAGCUCCGGGCAGCCCGGGCCGCCGCCGCCGCCGCCACCGCCGCCGCCGCCCGCGCGCCCGCUGCUGCUCCUGCUGCUGCCGCUGCUGCUACUGCUGGCGCCCGGGGCCUGGGGCUGGGCGCGGGGUGCCCCCCGGCCGCCGCCCAGCAGCCCGCCGCUCUCCAUCAUGGGCCUCAUGCCGCUCACCAAGGAGGUGGCCAAGGGCAGCAUCGGGCGCGGCGUGCUCCCCGCCGUGGAACUGGCCAUCGAGCAGAUCCGCAACGAGUCACUCCUGCGCCCCUACUUCCUCGACCUGCGGCUCUACGACACCGAGUGUGAUAAUGCCAAAGGAUUGAAAGCCUUCUAUGACGCCAUUAAAUACGGCCCAAAUCAUUUGAUGGUGUUUGGAGGCGUCUGUCCGUCUGUCACGUCCAUCAUCGCCGAGUCCCUCCAGGGCUGGAAUCUGGUGCAGCUUUCCUUUGCUGCCACCACGCCAGUCCUAGCUGAUAAGAAAAAAUACCCUUACUUCUUCCGGACGGUGCCGUCRGACAACGCGGUGAACCCGGCCAUCCUGAAGCUGCUGAAGCACUACCACUGGAAGCGUGUGGGCACGCUCACGCAGGACGUGCAGAGGUUCUCCGAGGUGAGGAACGACCUGACCGGGGUUCUGUAUGGUGAGGACAUUGAGAUUUCGGACACUGAGAGCUUCUCCAAUGAUCCCUGCACCAGCGUCAAAAAGCUUAAGGGCAACGAUGUGCGGAUCAUCCUUGGCCAGUUUGACCAGAAUAUGGCAGCAAAAGUGUUCUGUUGUGCCUUCGAGGAGAACAUGUACGGCAGCAAGUAUCAGUGGAUCAUCCCUGGCUGGUACGAGCCUUCCUGGUGGGAGCAGGUGCACAUGGAGGCCAACUCCUCUCGCUGCGUCCGGAAGAAUCUACUCGCCGCCAUGGAAGGCUACAUCGGUGUGGACUUCGAACCUCUGAGCUCCAAACAGAUCAAGACCAUCUCAGGAAAGACUCCGCAGCAGUAUGAGAGGGAGUACAACAACAAGCGCUCAGGUGUGGGGCCCAGCAAGUUCCACGGCUAUGCCUACGAUGGCAUUUGGGUGAUCGCCAAGACACUGCAGAGGGCCAUGGAGACUUUGCACGCCAGCAGCCGGCACCAGCGGAUCCAGGACUUCAACUACACAGACCACACGCUGGGCAGGAUCAUCCUCAAUGCCAUGAAUGAGACCAACUUCUUUGGGGUCACGGGUCAAGUUGUGUUCCGGAACGGGGAGAGAAUGGGGACCAUUAAAUUUACUCAAUUUCAAGACAGCAGGGAAGUGAAGGUGGGGGAGUACAACGCUGUGGCUGACACCCUGGAGAUCAUCAAUGACACCAUCAGGUUCCAAGGAUCCGAACCGCCCAAGGACAAGACCAUCAUCCUGGAGCAGCUCCGGAAGAUCUCCCUGCCUCUCUACAGCAUCCUCUCGGCCCUCACCAUCCUCGGCAUGAUCAUGGCCAGUGCUUUUCUCUUCUUCAACAUCAAGAAUCGGAAUCAAAAGCUGAUCAAGAUGUCAAGUCCCUACAUGAACAAUCUGAUCAUCCUCGGAGGAAUGCUUUCCUACGCCUCCAUUUUUCUCUUUGGUCUUGAUGGAUCCUUUGUCUCGGAAAAGACCUUCGAAACCCUCUGCACUGUCAGGACCUGGAUCCUCACCGUGGGUUACACAACUGCCUUUGGAGCGAUGUUUGCAAAGACAUGGAGGGUCCAUGCCAUCUUCAAAAAUGUGAAAAUGAAGAAGAAGAUUAUCAAAGACCAGAAACUGCUCGUGAUCGUCGGGGGCAUGCUGCUCAUCGAUCUGUGCAUCCUGAUCUGCUGGCAGGCCGUGGAUCCCCUGCGGAGGACAGUGGAGAGGUACAGCAUGGAGCCGGACCCAGCAGGCCGGGACAUCUCCAUCCGCCCACUCCUGGAGCACUGCGAGAACACCCACAUGACCAUCUGGCUCGGCAUCGUCUACGCCUACAAAGGGCUUCUCAUGUUGUUCGGUUGUUUCUUAGCUUGGGAGACCCGCAACGUCAGCAUCCCUGCACUCAAUGACAGCAAGUACAUCGGGAUGAGUGUCUACAACGUGGGCAUCAUGUGCAUCAUUGGGGCCGCUGUGUCCUUCCUGACCCGGGACCAGCCCAACGUGCAGUUCUGCAUUGUGGCUCUGGUCAUCAUCUUCUGCAGCACCAUCACCCUCUGCCUGGUGUUUGUGCCAAAGCUCAUCACUCUGAGAACAAACCCAGAUGCAGCAACUCAGAACAGGAGAUUCCAGUUCACUCAGAACCAGAGAAAAGAAGACUCCAAAACAUCCACUUCGGUCACCAGCGUGAACCAAGCAAGCACGUCCCGCCUAGAGGGCCUGCAGUCGGAAAACCACCGCCUGCGGAUGAAGAUCACCGAGCUGGACAAAGAUUUGGAGGAGGUCACCAUGCAGCUGCAGGACACACCAGAAAAGACCACGUACAUUAAACAGAACCACUACCAAGAGCUCAACGACAUCCUCAACCUUGGGAACUUCACAGAGAGCACAGAUGGGGGAAAGACCAUUUUAAAAAAUCACCUCGAUCAAAAUCCCCAGCUACAGUGGAACCCAACAGAAUCCUCCCGAACAUGCAAAGAUCCCAUAGAAGAUAUCAACUCCCCAGAACACAUCCAGCGCCGGCUGUCCCUCCAGCUCCCCAUCCUCCACCACGCCUACCUCCCGUCCAUCGGAGGCGUGGACGCCAGCUGUGUCAGCCCCUGCGUCAGCCCCACCGCCAGCCCCCGCCACAGACACGUGCCACCCUCCUUCCGAGUCAUGGUCUCGGGCCUGUAAGGGUGGGAGGCUUGGGCUGGGGCCUCCCCGUGACCGCACCAUUGCCGGCAGAGGCGUCUGCCACAGGCACACUGUGGGCUCCGGCCGUGGAGAAGCGGGGCACCAUGGCCRCCUCUCGGGACUGCGCGGCUGGCCCUCAAGUGGACGGGACGGGGGACGUGGCACCUGACCUCGAGCCUUAUUUGUGAAGUUCUUAUUCUUUCACAAAGAAGAGGAAUGGAAAUGACUUCUUCCAUAAUGUCUACAAACAAGGAGAGCUGGGAUAGUUGAAACUUGCAAAAAACAAAACAAAACAAAAACAAAAUUCUAGACAAGGAGAGAGGCCUAGACUCCAGCUAGACUCAAGGAGAAGCCCUGAGCAGCCUCGGGAAGAAGCCAGGGCUUCCGGAGAAACCGCCUCUGUACUCUGCACACACAUCACCAUCUGUGGCCCCCACCAGCCCUCCUCCACAUGGGUGGGGGAGAAGGUGAGCAGGGCCACCAGGUCCCCAGCUGCCAGCCCAGCCCACCUCAGCCUCCCUGGCACAGGGAGUCCAUGGGAAGGGCACACAGGCACCGGCCCUGGGGCUGGGGAACCMGAGCAGGCAGACUCGCAUGCUCCCUGGGGGGGCCUCCAUCACCGAAUGAGAUGUUUGUUACUCUGAUAAAUGCCACACAUUAACACAAUAACAACCGUUCCGGGACGUGGGGAUUUAGGGCAUGUCGCUGCAGACACGCUCUGCAGCAUCACCGACAGUCUGUCAAGCACCCACCAUGUUGGCCGUGUCCUUGUGUUCAUAUCAAGUGUUCCCGGAAAUAAGGGGGACCACCCGAGCUAAUCACGGAAUGUCUGUUCCCAGCAAACAUGAUAGAGAAAGAUGUGCACUUUAACCUCUCCCAUCAGGGCCCAAGGGCUGGCUGGGAUUUUUUUUUUUUUUUCCACUGACUUUGUUUCUGACCAAAGUGAAUCGAGGGCAUUCUGCUAAAAGACAUCCCUGGUGUCACAGGGGAAGAGUUGCUGGCUGAGGGCUUCCCUUGGCUUCCAGAAGGCAGCCUUCCAUCCAGAUGAGCCRGUGAGCUCUCCCCUUGGGAUCACUGGGGACCAUCGGUCAGCAGACUGAUUCCCAUUCAUAAGAUCACUCUUCCCAUUAAAUGAACCCCAAAGAGCACUGGCGUGGGAGUCAGGCAGACCUGGGUUCAAGUCCUCAGUCCCCUUGACUCCCCGCGUGACCUUGGGCAAGUCACCAGUUUCUCUCUGAGCCUCAGUUUCCCCUCUGUAACAGGUUGGGGUUGAAAUAACACCCGUCCUGCCUACCUCACAGGGUCACUCUGAGGAUCGACACCUGAUCUCAUCCAGGAAAGCUUUGUCCCAAACAGUAAGCAGCCCUGACCUGUGAGGUACCAGUGUGACUAUGACCUUCAGCCCUCACUACAGCCGGGGUGCGGCCCAGAGAAGCUUCCGGUACAGCCCUCUGCCUGAAACAACCUGGCUGGAGGGAGACUCCCAACGACUUUUCUGACAUUCCUAGACAGGUUCAUUCUUUGCUAAAGAAAGGCCUGAAGGACAACGUCCAGGACGUCUGCACAACCGAGCACUUCGCUCCAUCCCUAAAGAAUCCUAAUGGCAGCUUCAACAGGCAGGCAAUAAUCUCUUCCCAGAACCACUGCAGUCAGGAACACRCUGUUGYCACCACCAGGCUUUGACGAAAGGGCCCACGGGAAUCACCAUCGCCAACAYUUCCAACACCCCAGUUCGCGUAGCUUUCCCCUCCCCUCCCUCAAGGAGAGGUUAUGGAGGUACUGUAGCUUUUAGGGAAAAAAAAAAAAGUUCACACAUCACAGGUCAAGUUGAAGUCAUUCUCUGUUUAGGCACUAAAAAUCGUGUUGUCACUCUGUGUAUUACCAGUAUUUACUUGCUUUCUUGAUUUCACCAAAACCAAAUUUAAUUUAAAGGAUCACAUUAAUUUUUCAAAGGGAAAGAGACACUUAAUUGUACAUAAUGUAUACACACACAUGCACACACAUGCACACACAGCACACACACAAAUACCUGUAGAAAUAUUAUUCCAGCAUAGCAGGAAAAAACAAAACUAAAGUAUUGGACUGCCGGAGGUGAGCGUGCGUCUGUAAACCUUUGUGACUCCCAAACGUGCUCUGUCUUCUAGGUUAACCCACAAAGUACAUUCUCUUGUCUUACUGAUCCUGUAGGUUUACCCAUCUUGUUUUUUAAUUUUCCGAGAAUAACAAGACACACAGAAGUGACUCUAGCUAUUCCAUGGUUCUGUUCUUUUAUAUGCAGCAAACACACCCGGUCCAUUUCCCAAGAGGCUUCGGCCUGAAGGCAUUUUCCAAUGAUGUUUAGUGCACAAAUGCUUUAAAUUAGACUGGAACUGCCAGAAUCAAAUGUAAAUGAGGAAUUUCUCGUACCCCUACUGCAUGGUAUCAAUUUUUAAUAAAUUGUUGCAAAAUUGUUUUUAUGAAUAAAAGGAAAAAAAAUUUGUCUU